GACUUAAAGGGGGCAAGCUAACAUGCCUAAUUGGCAUUUAGCACUACGUGUCUUACCAUACUAACUUAAUCUUCCAUAUUCUUAAUUCUUAUACUUCCAUACGUCCAUAUAUGUACAUAUUUAUACAGACUGUAAUUUAUAUUUGCGAUUGAUUUGGUCCCAUCCGCUCUUUUAUUUUGGAAUUUAUCGUCUUUCAACCUUUUGCUCCCUCUGAAUCUGCCAGUUAUCUGCUUACGUAGAUAAUUAACUUAAUAGUUAUUCAUUAGGUCCAAACAUAUUAAGCUAAACUAGUACUCCCUCGUUUACGUGUCGUCUAUGCCAUCCCGAAUCAUUACAGUCUCUGACGAUAUCGUUGACGCCAUGAACGUACCUGUUCCGGAAGACCAUGGCCCUAAAACAAAUAGAUUCCUCAUCUGGGGAGCUGGGGGUUGGGUUGCGGGCCAUCUCGAGAAAAUUCUGAAGGAUCAAGGCAAGGAAGUCUUCACAACUACCGUCCGUAUGGAAGACCGUGAGGCCGUUAAAGGGGAGUUGGAGAGCGUCAAACCUACACACGUUCUGAACUGUGCCGGUUGCACUGGCCGUCCCAAUGUCGAUUGGUGCGAAGACCACAAGGAGAUGACGAUACGUUCCAAUGCCAUCGGGACCUUGAACCUAGCGGAUUGUUGUUUUGUCGCUGGUAUACACUGCACCGUGUUCGCCACUGGCUGCAUCUACCACUAUGAUGACGCCCAUCCCAUCGGGGGCCCUGGGUAUAAGGAGACAGACCCGGCAAAUUUCACCGGUAGUUUCUAUUCCGAGAUCAAAGGCCACGUCGAAGAGAUCAUCAAAUACUAUACGAACUGCCUAAUCCUCCGCUUGCGUAUGCCAGUGUCAGAUGAUCUACACCCGCGCAGCUUUGUCACGAAGAUUAGCAAGUAUGAACGUGUGGUUGACAUCCCGAAUAGCAACACCAUCUUGACUGAUCUUCUGCCGGCAUCUAUCCUCAUGGCUGAGCAUAAAGAUACCGGGGUUUAUAAUUUCACCAACCCCGGCGCCAUCAGCCAUAAUGAGGUGCUGACACUUUUCAAGGAGAUCAUUCGUCCAGAUUUCACGUGGAAGAACUUUAGCGUAGAGGAGCAGGCCAAGGUGCUCAAGGCCGGGCGUAGUAACUGUUUGUUGGAGACGGCGAAGUUAGAAAAGAAGUUGAAAGAGUAUGACUACUCGGUGCCCGAGGUUCAUGAGGCUUAUAGGCGGUGCUUUGAGAGGAUGAAAGCUGCAGGGGUUAAAUAAGCUUGUGUUGGACCUUGGACGUUUAGAAGGCUACUUGAAUGUACCCAAGGUACCACAAAAUAAUCUGGCUGUGGACGAUGUACUGCGCAGGAACCUUUUUAUUAUUUUGUAAUCUAAGUCAUUGAAUGGUGUUGGGGAUGGAGGAUUGACUUGACAUAGACGGAGCAUCAUUAACUUACAAAAGUCCUCGAGUCUAUGUUUCUACUUAUAAGAAAGGUUCGUUUGUUCACUACCUACCUACUUACAUAGCAAACGAAACUAGAUCUUUACGAUCUAUCACUUAAAGACGGCGGGGCAAGCUACUCUGAGAUAACCCCGCCGUUGCAUGUACUUGGAUACUACCCAC